UCUAAAUUUAAAAUAAAUUGCCUUUCCUUCUUCUUUUUCAUUGUUUUCGUUUUGUUUUAUUUGGACACAUACAAAACCAUAUGCUAAUUGCCAUGUAGUUUAGUAAAAACACAAGGGUUUAUGCCUAUUUUCGGUUUGGCCGGUUUUUUACAGCACCAUAUGGGUUUUGAGAAAUCAUAUGGUUUGCAUGUAUACAACAAGAAGAGAUAAAACUUAAGAAGAAAUAAUAAUCGUUUCAAAUUUUAAAGUUAUUUAUGGAAUUCAUUUAUCUUACACUAAUGUGCAUUUUUUAUGUUAUGUGAAUGCCAGUUUGAGUUUAUACUACGCAUUAUUUUGUGAGAAAUGAAAAACAGGCAAUAAAAUAUGUUUAUUAUAGUGUUGAAAUGCAUUCAUCAAGUUGUUGUAUUAGAAAGUGGUAAAUGGUAAUUUCCAAAUUAUAGAUCAAUUGACUCACGAAAGCCUCUUGACGGUAUCAUAAAAUUUAAGCAGAAUAUAAAGGUUUACAACGUAAUAUCUCGAAUUGCACAACUUUAGAAUAGCACGGGUAACCAGUUUUUAUCUUGGGCGCUUUUUAACCCCAAAACAGGAAUGACGCACUGGUAAGGGCCGUCACAAUGAAACUCCGUUUUGUCUUGAGUUUCGGAAAGAAAGUUGAACAUGUGAAAAGCUACAUAACCGAACAAAGUGAAGCGGCGCAUUUCGAAAAAUUGUUUAGCUGUUUAUGAGCCUAUUUGAAAAUUGACAGAUAAUAUGGUUUGGUAUGUAUACAAACAAAUAAAAUAAGAAAACAUGACUACAAAAGAAGGCAGAGUCCUAUUUACUAAGAGAGAUUAUUGUUUUAAACCAAGAGAAGAAGAAGAGCUUUACUUUUCAGUAUAAGUAUUUUGAUUGAUUGAUAACAUUGAAUAAAUGGUAUAGAAAUUGCAAUAAAGAAAAAGAAGUAUAUUUCUUUAAAAAUGACCCUUAGCAGUAAAAACAUGAAAUAUUCAAAUUUGAUAUGUUUACCAGGACAACGUCUAUGUUUGUCAGACGAAAAGACAGCUGCUGGUCACGGUACGUAUGAACGUAAAGGUUACAUUUAUGCUACGUUGGCAGGGAGUGUUAUUUUAAAGGAAAAGGAUAGCUGCAAAAUUAUUGAAGUGGAAGGUGCUGGUAAUCGCACUAUUGUGCCGUUGGCCGGUGACGUCGUGACUGCGCGUAUUUUGCAAGUAAAUCAGCGUUUUGCCAAAUGUUCUAUACAAAGCAUAGGGGCGCAUGUAUUAGAGCAAAGCUAUCGUGCCAUGCUGCGUAAAGAAGAUGUACGAGCUACUGAAAAAGAUCGUGUGGAAAUGUAUAAAUGUUAUCGACCAGGUGAUAUAAUAUUAGCCAAGGUGUUACCACGAAUUGAGUUAUCCUGCUAUGAAUUGAGUACCGCUGAAAAUGAGUUGGGUGUAGUUGUCGCGGUGGCAAGCGAAGGUGGAACUGAGGUGGCUCCUAUGGUACCCAUAAGCUGGACAGAAAUGCAGUGUCCCAAUACAUUGGUUAAAGAGCCCCGCAAAGUAGCUAAGAUUGUGUCCGCCAGCGCAUUAAAAUGUCAAAACAAUGGUAACUUUACGAACGCCAAAUAAAAACUCGUUUCUUUAUACACUUAUGCAUGCAUAAA